AUGGAAUCUGCUCACGCAUUUGUGAAGGCCCACCUCCUUGGCCCUCAGCAAACUUUCACCUCAGUAAUCCAGCUCAUCAGCAACGCAAUCAAAAAACAAUAUCACGAAAUCACCACGAAGCACGCCCAGCAAAAGAUCACCACCCUCCGAUACCUAGGGAACUUCUUCCGCCUCUGCCUUGGUAAGAUCACAAACUAUGCCAUUCGACAGGCAUACAACAGUCUUGAGAAGGCCAAGUCGGAGGUCCCACUUUCACGCUGCAAUCAACAAUAUGUUGCACGCCUGGGGAUUCCAUGCAAACAUUGGUUGUUAUCCCUGUUCCAAUCUGGCGAGCUUCUAUCACCGGAUGAGUUUCACGCUCAAUGGCAAAUGAAUGCCAUUCCCCGCCCUGCUGUACGAAGUGGAACCACGGACGUCAAUCCAUUGAUUGAGCAGCUCACUAAUUGGCUGCGAUUGAUGAACCCAGCGCAGCAGGCUAUCCAACUGGCGGCGAUCAACCAGAUCAUCGAAGGAUCCGGCACCGUUGUCGACAUCAUGAUGCCCACUGAGCCUCAAAAGACUCAAGGACAACCCAAAGGUGCGCCAAACAAACCACGAACUACUAAAAGGGAUCCGUCAGCGUUUGAACAUGUCGAAAAAAAGCGGAAGGCGGAAGAGAAACAAGCAACUGUUGCCAAGAAACAGAAGUUCAAAGACCUCCGAGCAGCAGAGAAGGCCAUGCAAAAAGCCGAACAGAAGGCUGACAACGAUGAAGCUGAGAAAAAAACAGUUGCCACUGCCCCAAAAAGGAGGCUCCUCCCAGCCCGAAGCACCCGUGGAAAAGCCGGCCUGAAAGAAGUCGAUUUGCCACAGAAGAAGGAUGAACCGGCACCAAAGGAGGAUUUGUCCCAGAAGAACGCCAGCCUCCAACCAGAACCGCCUCAAGAUGAUGAGCCUGAAGAGCAGAACAGCCGGAUUGAUCAACUCCCAGAAAUCAUCAAAAGCUCGGUCCAGAGAGUGGUAAGCCCUGCAUCCAAUGGCCACUGUGGAUUCCGCGCGAUUGCUUGGUGUUUGGGUCAUGGGCAGGGCGAUUAUAUGCAGAUCCGCCAGGAGCUCAUCAACGAAAUCCAGAACCGGAGUCAUUGGUAUCUCAUCCAGGGCAGCUUUCAUCGAAUUGAUGAGGUCUUGAAACGGAUCAAGGUCCCGUCUCCAGCCCCAUGUGGUCCAGAGAAAUGGAUUUCUAUGCCAUGCAUGGGUGACGUAAUGGCCAAUGCAUUCGAGACACCUGUUUUCUUUUUCUCCCCAAUUUGGUCACAAACCCACUUCCCUUAUUUCUGUCCCCCAAACAAUAAUAAUCCCAUCUUCUUUGCCCUGCUUGGCAACCACUAUCUCUGCUUGGAACUAACCGAUCCCCAUUUAUUUCCAGCACCCAGACUUAUGAAGAAUUGGAGGAACGCGGCCACCCCAGAGGCUUUGAAAUGGGAGGAGAAAUACGCAGAGUGUUUCCAGUUGACUGUAGGAAGGAAAAUCUUGGUCGAAAAACCUGGAAAUUACUGA